AAAAACAUAAGCACGCAAUAGGAAAAUGGUUGCAUGUGCCCUCAAUGGCUAAGGAGUCCUGUGACACACCUACGCAUAUCACCUGCUGAUCUCGUAUGGUUUCCUAUUUAUUUGUGCUUCCCUCCUGCCCUCAAACGAGAUGCAACUCUUGAUGGGUGAGUGCUACGUCCUAUGCCUGCAUCCAGCCCAGUAUGGCCUCCCACUCUUCAAGUUUAGGAACGACUCCUCGGCCAUCAUUCUUGGACCGCGUUGGGAUCUGGACAUUCAGGGUGGUCAACAAAUUUGUCCCUUGGCACAAACUUCCAGGCAUCGUCGGAACCUUGCAGCUCUAUCUCUUCCGUGUCGAACUACGAGAGCAGAAUCUUUAUGAUGGCUACGCUUCUACGUCUGAGCAAGGGAAUGCGAUUGACUUUCCCCUGCCGGACAACCGAUUCCUGCACGCCAGGAAUUCCGACGGCACGUACAAUUCGCUGGAGAUGCCCCUGAUGGGCUGCGCUGGCAUCCGUUUUGGGCGCAACUUCUCGAGAACAGCGACCCAAAAGCCGUCUGAGCAGGACCUGUGGGCCCCAAACCCCCGCGUCGUUAGUGAGAGGUUUAUGAAAAGGGAUAAGUUCAUACCGGCAACCAGCCUGAACCUGUUGGCUGCUGCCUGGAUUCAGUUCCAGAUCCAUGAUUGGUUUAACCAUGAGCUUAGUGAGGACUCAUUUGAUGUGCCACUCCCGCACGGCGACGCCUGGCCCCGCGGAGAAAUGAAACUACCACAAACAAAGACAGACAAGAUUCUUGACCCGUCAGACUCGGAGAGCCCCGGGUACAGGAACGUCAAUACAGGCUGGUGGGAUGGCUCCCAGAUCUAUGGGUCAAGUGAGGCUCUUACCAGGCAACUUCGUGAUAACAAUGCAGACGGAAAGCUAGAGCUAGACGACAAGGGAGCCGUUGCUUUCAUUCCACGCGAUGAAGAUGGGAACCCCGUCACCGGUUUCAGGGACAACUGGUGGGUCGCGUUGGAGAUGCUGCACACUCUCUUCACGUUGGAACACAACGCCAUCUGUGACAUGCUUCGCAAAGCGUAUCCGUCCUGGACUGGGGACCAGAUUUUCGACAAGGCCCGUCUGAUAAACUGCGCGUUGAUGGCUAAAAUCCAUACUGUGGAGUGGACACCAGCCAUUUUGGCUCACCCUGCGCUGCAGAUCGCCAUGAAUGCGAAUUGGUGGGGCCUGGCGGGAGAGACCCUCAACAAGCUCGUUGGUCGCAUAUCAAAGACGAGUGAAGCUAUCAGCGGUAUACCUGGAUCUGGCGCUUCGCAAGACGGUGUCCCGUAUUCACUCACAGAAGAGUUUGUGUCGGUGUACAGGAUGCAUUCUCUCGUACCGGACGAUAUUGCCUUCUUCAAAACUGAUACCGGCGAGCACCACUCCACCAUUCCCACUGUGGACUUGACGUUCUCCAAGGCGCAGGAUCCGUUCAUCGGCCCCAAGCAGAUCUCAUUUGCUGACGCGUUUUACUCGUUUGGGAUCAACUACCCCGGGGCAAUCACCAAUCACAAUUAUCCGGACUUCCUACGCAACCUGACAACGCCAGACGGUAUUCCAACCCGCGACUUGGGUACGGUCAAUAUCCUUCGUGACCGAGAGCGCGGGGUCCCUCGUUACAACCAGUUCCGUAGACUCCUCCGACUACCAGCGCCCAAGACAUUUGAAGAGCUCGUCGGCGGCGUCAAAGGCUCAGACCAGGCCGCCAAGGAUCGAGCAGCGUUGGCACGGGACCUGAGGGAAGUCUACAACGGCGACAUCGAGGCGGUGGAUGCCCUAGUUGGGAGCCACAGCGAGCCGCUGCCCGAGGGUUUUGGAUUCAGCGACACUGCGUUUAGGAUUUUCAUCCUCAUGGCUUCCCGGCGCCUGAAGAGUGAUCGGUUCAUCGCCACCCAGUGGAAUGAGGAGACUUAUACGCCCGAGGGGUUCAAAUGGGUGCAGAACACCACCAUGCGCGACGUCCUUGUCAGGAACCUGCCUGACCUGAAGCAUGCAGUGCCGCCGCCUGGAAGCAACGUCUUCGCCCCCUGGCCGAAGCUGCCUGCCUCCAAGAGCUAUGCUGGGAAAGAAACCAAUGCUCCUGUUUCUUGAGUGAAGCAGCCCAUCGGCACUGCACUGAGUAGACGGGCUCGGCUCGGCGGCAAGGCAUGGAACACUGUAGAAGCCACCAUAGAAAAAAUGGUUAAUAGAAAGAUUGGUUAUGUAUUUGA